AUGCUGGUAGAUUUUUCAAAUUGUAACGGAUCGAGUGAAAUAACAUUAGAUAAUGGAUCUAACGAUGUUGUAUCAGAAUACGGUUCUAACCUUAAAAUUUUACCUCCCAAUGAUCAAAUAAGAGAACUUCAGACUAUUAUUAGGGAUAGGAACACAACAAGAAGCGAUUUUAAAUUUUAUGCAGAUAGAUUAAUCAGGCUAGUUAUAGAAGAAAGUUUAAAUCAGUUACCUUUUUCAAAAUGUGAAGUAGUAACACCUACUGGAGCUACUUACCAAGGUUUAAAAUAUAAAAAAGGCAAUUGUGGGGUUUCUAUUAUUAGAAGUGGUGAAGCUAUGGAACAAGGUUUAAGGGAUUGCUGCAGAUCAAUCAGGAUAGGAAAAAUAUUAAUUGAAAGUGAUAGUGAUACUCAUGAAGCAAAAGUUGUUUAUGCUAGAUUCCCAGAUGAUAUUGCCGACAGAAAAGUUCUCCUUAUGUAUCCAAUAAUGGGUAAUACAGUUUCUAAAGCUGUUGCAGUAUUAAAAGAGCAUAAUGUUUCUGAAGAAAACAUCAUAUUAUCGAAUUUAUUUUGCACACCCACUGCUGCAAAAUCUCUCACAUCAGAAUUUCCAGAUAUGACUAUUUUAACUUCUGAAAUUUAUCCAUUGGCUCCAAAUCAUUUUGGACAAAAAUACUUUGGUACCGAUUAA